AUGACCGUCGGUGAGAUAAAAGGGAAAUCUAAAGUUGAGGAUAGGUCUGAAAAGAAAAACCAACAGCCAGUCGAAAAGAUAGACAUUACACUUUUGGAGGAAGAUGACGACUUCGAAGAGUUUCCAGCUCAUGCUUGCGUAGAAGGCCAUCCUAACGAGGAAGCUACUGUUUGGGAAGACAACUGGGAUGAUGAUAUUGUGGAUGACGAGUUUACUCACCAUUUAAGAGCUGAGUUCCAAAAACAGGGAAAGGCCUUCGUUGUACCUGAAAUCUCUGCGAAUUUGGAUUAA